AUGUCCGGUCCAUCCAUUCCAAAGAACAAGUCGCCCAGCGCCUCCUCCGUCUCUCUUUCUCAGAUCCUCGUCAGACGAUCAGGCCGUCUCUUUUUCCGCGACUCAACCAUUCCGUAUCCCUUACCCUGUGACCUCGCAGAGAUCCAUCGUCAGACCCUGAGGUCCAUGGUCCUGAUGCAAGUUUUCGACGCUCCAUUUUGUGCACCGUAUUUCGAGGUCAACCCACCAAGAAGGGUCCUUGAGGUGGCAUGCGGAUCGGGGACUUGGUCAACGGCCUGUCAUGAUUAUAUCGGACGUGGUUCCUCAACGUCGUUCACUGGCUUGGAUAUCCUGCCACUUGCCCCGGACUUGUCAAAGGCUGGACUGAAAUGGCAAUUUGUUCAACACGACCUACGCAAACAGCCUCUCCCUUUCGCUGAUGGCUCCUUCGAUUUCGUCUUCGUCAAGGACACAAGUCUCUGCACAUCUGCCGCCAGCCUGCAAGCCGAGCCAUUGGCCGAGAUGCUAAGGGUGUUAAAAUCGGGCGGAACACUUGAAGUCUGGGAUUCUGACUAUAUCGUUAGAACUCUUCUGCCAAACCCGCCCAUCGCGCCCGGCUUGUCAGAGGAACAGCUGGAGCAAGCUGAGGAAACUGCCACUUACACAAUAUCAGCAGCAACGCCUUUCGCUCAAGCGCAGAAUCAAUAUCUCCAGGACUAUAAUGCAUGGGCAACGAGAGCUUUUGAGAAGAGGAAAUUGACAGGGGUGCCUUGUGCCUUCAUUGGAAUGGCUUUCUCGGCAGAGAACGAGUCUUUCCGUGAUUAUGGUAGCCGCCGGAUAGCCAUACCUUUGAGCGAGGUCCGGUGGGAGAAAGACCCUCAUGUUCGGAAAGGCUCGAUAGGUCGAGUCGAAUCGUCUGAAGAUUCUCGUCCUCGAGCAAGAAUUUUGAAUCCUGAUCAACUUGCCUUGCGCAGGACGGCGCUAAAUACCAUCGUCCAGAUGAUCGAGGGUCUGGAGCCAAUGCUCAUGGACGCAAGCGGAAAGAGCAAGGAUGAAUGGGAUCGGUGGUGGGCGGCCAUGAUCACCGACCUUCUUCAUGACGAAGGAACAGCAAAUGGAGAAUGUUUGGAGGUGGGUGCUUGGUGGGGACAGAAGAUAUAA